UCAUGUCAUGUAUAGUACUAGUUGUUUCUUUAGUGAAGAAUAUAUGACUCUUUUGUCAAUAUGGAUUUGAAUCAUUCACAUUGGAGCUCACUGCUUGAAAGUAUCAGAUCGGUGAUUCCAUCCAUCGAUUCAGACACUUCGUCAAUAAGUGAAUCUGAGAACGGAGAAGACACAGCCAUAUUUCGCAGACCCACAGCACUUCUCCCUCAAAACACAGAGGAUUUGGAGGAGUUCCUCUCAGCGUCAUGUCAAGACAGUGACGUUUUAGAGGUGUCACAGUAUCGGACGGAGAACACCUUGUGUGAUCAGGUAGAGCCUACGAAUGAAACUCUUGGAGCUCGUGAAGCUACAAAUUCAACCCAAGAGGGAACAAUGCAGCCCACAAGCAACCCUGGUAUUGAGAAACCUGGAUUUCACAUCGAUUACGCUAUUAAAUCAUCUCAGACAGACAGACAAUGGUCUUGUUAUUCUACAAUGGAGAUGAAAGAACACCAAGACUAUACAUGUUUGAACAAAAAGCAUACAACAAAUGCAUACAUCACUGGACCAGUCACAUUAGAAACAGUUGGUACUUUGCCAACAUUGGGGAGAAAAGCAACCAAUUCUGAUAAAUGUCUGGAAAAUAGUAAAACUGAUGACGGUUUUCCCAUGCUGUCUUUAAUGCCACUGGAACAAUGGGAUCUGGAUCAGGUCCUCCAGACUCUUCAAAAGGACGAAUUCUUCAUUCAAGGCAGUAUGUCAGGUGAUCAUAUAACAGCAGGUGAUAACACUGAAGGGACACUCAAACGCACUUCUCAGGAGAGCAUUAUGGAAAGAUUGGAUGAUUUCUGUAAGAAACAGUUACAUGAAGAAAUAGAAGUAAAAGAAAAAACAGCAAUGAUGAAAAAGGUUUCUGUGCCUCAAUUAAAUAUUUCCCAGAAUCCCACUGAUUUCAGUCAGAAGGUUGGACAGAGAAAAUCAUCUCAAACGAUGGCAGCAGAGCUGCAAUUCAGCCGCCAGGAAUCACCAACUGUAUAUAUUGACUUGCGUUGUUGUCCCGUAUCUGCCUUGAAGACAACAAGAACAUCAAAUUUCAGUAAACCUACCAUUCCAAUCUUAAAUAACACAAAAUCGCCUGAAGAGAAAGCCCUCAAUAACAGGCUUUCCGGAUCCAUCCGUGAGAGAAGGGAAAGAACUGGAAAGAGUAUGUUACUCCAACGAGUACGAGAGGCAAAUAGACAAAUAAUUGAAUCAGACAGAAAACGCUCAGCACCGGUAGAGGAUAAAGGAGGAUCCAUUGGAUGUGAGAGCUGUUGUGAAAAUGUGCCAAGGCGCAAAGCUCCUCCAAACGUUUUACUGCCAAAUGUGAACAGCCAAUCCCCAGCAUUACAGGGUGACAAAAACAGACCACUAAUUGCGAGAGCACCCACUGCUCAGCAGACAUCAACCACAAAACAGCCAAAACCUCAAAAUGACCAGCAACGGAAAGAGCAGUUGAAGCAGAAAUUGCAGCACAGACAGCGUCAUCAGCUCCAGAAGAAAAUUGAAUGCCACAAACCGAGGAGAUCUGUCAAUGACACAGAGCCAGCUGCCGAGAAGACAGAUGUUCUUUAUGACUCUGAGGCUUCUUACCUACAGUCAGUCAAGACCUUGCCCACAGAUAUUAUAAAAAAUGAGAGCCUACUACUGACUGUUUGCCUCUCCAGCAUAGGCAUUGUGGCCGGCAACAGUCAUGGAAAAGCACAAACAGUAGAGUCAUCCACAACUAAAUCCCACAUAUACAAUACUCUGGUCUCUUGGUUUUUGUCCUUGGUUGGACCAGGGCCUAGAUGUAAGGACAAGGCUGGCAUCGAAGCUCCAUUCUGGGUUGCAGGACUUCAGCAGCUGUGGAGAGAGAAUGGACUGGCUCUUCACAUCUUAGCUGUCUCACACGAACAAAACACUUUGCUCUGCUCCAAAUCCAAGAAAAGGGCUGUGAACAAGGGCAGAAGUGCAUUCCACCAUCGAGUCUGCAAGUUCCUUUCCCAGACGCCUCUCACCGUGGCUGCCAAUUGGUUGCCGCAGCUCAGUACCUUGUUGGAGCCACAGGCCAGCCUUCCGGUCAGCCAUGUUCCCUCGGCCUGCCUAAGCUGCUUCGUCUCUGUCAACUCAGACCAAGAGGCUGUGGAUAGUGCCUUUGGUUUGAGUCCAGGCUUCUACUGGCAGACCCUGGAGAAUCAGGACCCUAGCUGCCAAAGGGUAGAGACCAUGUGCACUCAACAGUUACACACAGAGGUAGUCUUUGCCUUGGGAUACAAAACUUUGAUCCUGCAACCCCUAGCAACUCAUCACACCCUUCAGCUCAUCUUCAACUCAGGCCUUGAUGUGUGUGGUCUUCGCCUCCUCUACCCCUCUACUGAGCUUCUGACAAACAGUGCUGGGUGUAAACCAUGUGGUCAAGACCACGAUGGGACCAAUCAGCCCGUCCUCGCCCUGGCCCUCCGUGGGCCUCAUGCCCGUGCUGUGUGGCAGGAUGUCACAGGCCCUGCAGACCCCUCGCUGGCCAGGAAAACAGACCCAGUGUCAAUCAAUGCUCUUCACGGCAGCUGCAAAGACCAGCCCUUGUUCUACUCCCCUCACAUGGCCAGUCGGGUGCAGAGGGAACUGUGUGUGUGGUUUGCAGAGAGAGCCCCCACAGAAGCCUCAUCAACACAAGAUCAGGCAAUAACUCUGGGUGACAUUGAUGUCGAGAAAGCCACCCCCUCAUGGUGUCUAACCAGGACAUCUGCCAACCUGUGUGCCACAGUGACAGCGGAUGUGUUCCUGGUCGUGAGCCCCGUAGUCGCUCCAUGCUGCUACAGCCAGGUGCUGUCUGUGUGUGAGCGCAGAGGCUUCAGUCUGAAAGGGCUCAAGAGGGUGCAGCUCUCCAACAAACAAGCACAGGCACUGAGACUCACUAGCCAGCAGGUGUCCAUGUUCUGCAGUCCCCCUGCUGUGUUCUUGGAUGAGGAUCACGUGGAGCUGUCCUCUCACUGCCUCGUCCUUCUGCUGAGGAGGGAGAAUGCUCUACGGCACUGUGCAAGCCUGCCUGCAGCCCUAGUGAAGGGAUUUGAGGAGCAGGGGGUGAUGGGAUGCACCCUCUCCAGGCUGUCUGACGAUAUGAAAGUGGGCCCCGGCCGUUUCUUCCACAUCCUACCCUACGCUGAGAGCCUGCUCGACAGCGUUGGAGGGAGUAUGUGGGAAGUGCCGGAACCGUGCCGUGUGUUGCUUUCCAGUCAUUGUUCUCCAUCCAGCUCUGACGUCGAGCAGGUUGUGGUUCUAACCUUGUCUGGCACGGAUAUGAGCCAGGGGCUGAGCAUCCUACAAAGAGCCCUGAGACAGAAUCCAACAGGCAAUGCCGAGGAGGGUGGUUUUGAGCUUCUCGCACUGAAGUGGUUACCUACGCUAUCCCGGCAGCAGGCCCGAGAAGUUAGCCCUUUCGAAGUAGGAGACCAGCUGUGGCAGAGCAGCCUGGCAGGCCUGGCAUCAUCUCCUGCCCUGGUGUGUGUCCUGAGGAGAGUGAACGCUUAUGCUACACUACGCAGGCUCCUCCCAAGCGAUGACCCUCGGAGCCUGAAUGUGCUGGUGUCCUCCACUCCUGAGCUAGCAUACAGACAGGCUCUCCUCUUCUUUUUCGAGGGCGAGAUCAUCCCAGAUAACAGUGUGCGCCAAUUACUGAAAUUCCUGCCACCACCUUGCAUCAACGCACCUGGUUCCAAGAGUGUGUCACUUCUCAGUAGCAUGGCAAAUGGUCCCCAGCUACUUGUCACUAUGUGUCUCUUCAAGCCUGGAGCCUGGAGCCAUGUUCUGGGUAAAAUCCUUCGAAAAGUGCAGCAGAAUGGGUUCACCGUAGUGGGCCUGCGCGUGGUUGUGCUAGACACAUCCACAGCAAAGUCCCUGCUGCAUGCAAACAAGAACCCUUGUGAUGUAGAGGCCCAGGUGCAGCACCUGUGCUCUGGCCCCUCGCUGGCUCUCAGUCUUCAGAGAGAGAAUGCUGUGAAAAGACUUCUGGACUUGCUAGGACCAGAAGACCAGACCCAGGCCCGUGCUCAGGACCAGUUCCUGUGGAGGGCGUACUAUGGCACGGAUAAUCCUCACAGUGGCAUCUAUGGGUCAGCUACAUAUCGGAAAGCUGUUCAGGAUGUGAAAAGGAUGUUUCCAGAAGGGAUGUGCUGCACAGAAACUGAGACGAUGAGACGGGAGCAGAUACCCUGCGUACACUCCGACUCUGUGGCCUCUGUGAUCCGUGAGCAGAGCUAUGCUCUGGCUUCUAUGGCCAAGGAGGAGGCAUCACUCACACUCCUAAUGGAGUCAGGAAAAAAUGGAGGGUCCUUAGUACGCAGUGCCCUGUGCCAGACCACCUGUCUGCUCGUGCCUUUUAAUGUUCUGCAAGUUAGCCGAGUGCCCCUCCAACUGGACCUACUGGAGAGCCUGCUUAAGGCAGGCUGCCACCUUGUGGCUGGAAGAAUGAGCGUGCUGGAUGAGGCCCAGCGGCAGCACAUCAGUAAAACACUGGGUGGGAAGACUCCUCAUCUUCCAGAGGGCCCCUGUCUUGUUGUGGCUCUUCAGAGAGACAAUGUUGUGACCUGUUUUGACUCCAUACUUGAAAGAAGUUACAGGGAGAGGUCUGACCUAGAAAAAGUGGGAAAAGGGAUCAUUUACCCCUGCACGGAAAAAGAGGCUGAACAUCUGCUGUGCUACCUAUUUGAUGUCCUGUCUCCAGAUAGUCAUCAUGCUAUUGUACCACAGUAAUGACAAAUCUCAAUUGCUGAAAUCACUAACAGACCAAAUAUGUGAAAGUUGCCUUGCACUACACUGCUACACACACAUUGUAUUAACUGUUUAUAUAACUAAAUGUGUGGUGCAUGAAUAAAA